CUGGAGCUGGGUUGGGAGACGUGUACACGCCGUCCCUGUGGUACUAUCCAUAUUUGACAUUUCUUCAUGAGAAGACUAUGCCGGUAUCCCAGGGAAUCGAUAAUAUACAAGGAACUCCAGAUUCAGAUAGCGAGGAACCUGUAACAAAAAAGGUAAAGAGUUCAACCAAGCGGCAAAAUGAACUGUACAAGAAACAAGAAGAACUGAUUCAGUCUGCGGCAGAAUUAAUCAAAGACAGCAACUCGCAGGACACCUCAGCCGAUGCCUUUGGACGCUCAGUGAGCUUUCAGUUGAAAGAAUUACCAAAAGUUCAAAGAUGCAUAGCCGAAAAAAUAAUUGGAGAACUACUGUUCUACGCUAAAUUAGGAGAGCUUACUUUAGAUACUUCCAUAAACUUUAAAAAAAACAUACAUACUGCCACACAAUACUCCUACUACACCCACCCUUAUAGAAGCCAUAUUUAUCCGCAUCAUGCAUUCCCGUCCUCAACGUCUCCUCAAUAUUCACAAACAUCACAGUCACCUAAAUAUUCACACACAUCAUCUGAACAAUCGCAACCAUCACAGUCUCCUCAACAUUCAAUAAACUUAAAUAAAAACUUACAUACUGGCACACAAUCCUCAUACCACACUCACCCAUAUAGAAACCAUUUAUAUCAGCAACAUUCAUUACCGUCCUCACCAUCUCCUCAAUAUAUACAACAACCAUCCCCGUCUCCUCAAUAUUCACAACCAUCACCGUCCCCUCAAUACAUACAACAACCAUCCCCGUCUCCUCAGUAUUCACAACCAUCACCGGCACCGUCCCCUCAACAAUCGACACCCUCUCUACCACAAACACCGGCAGAUUCGAUUACUCUUCAUUCAGCAGACACACAUUUGAGUCAAGUUUUAUUACCAGCUGACACUCUACUUGAGUUGACCCCAAGUGGGGAAACACAACAUAAUGAGCCAGACACUAGAGGAAGUGGUAAUAUGGAUGUUUUUAGGGGCACAGGAAAACAACUUCAAGAAUUCUUGAUUUUUAAAAAAUAAUUACCUAUGUAAAUGUGUACACACAUAUGUGGCAUUAUCUAUGAAAAGGGACCUAGAUUAUGAAUACACUAAUAACUCAAUACCGACAACAAGGUCCCUACUCGUGGAUAAUGCCACAUAUUUUGAUUUUAAAUAAAAAAUAGUAUGAA